AUGGCCGGGGUCCAGCUGCCUGCGCCUGCGUGGAUCGAUGCGGGAAACCCCGCUUUACAAGCGAAGUUGGUCUCCCCCGUAAAGAAGAUCAAGAAUGAUUCGGAUAUGGACGUUUGGCGCACGAGUGCAUCGCACGAUGCACUUAUCCUGUUUGUGAUGCGACUUGGCCAGGCAAGUCGAGGACUGCCGACGCGACCUGUCGAUUGGUCGGCUGCCACGCGAGAACAGCGUACUGGAUCUCCGGACGCGAUCGACCGUGUGAUAUCCUUGUUGCAGCGACUUGAUGCUUGGGCAGACGCAAUCGAGCCACAAACAAACCCACAACGGUUUGGGAAUCGCGCAUUCCGGACUUGGGGCGCCGAGCUUUGUUCGCAUAUCGAGGCAUUGCACACAGAGCUGCUGCCUCCCGAGAUGCAUGCAUUUGCCAUAGAACUGCAAGAGUACUUAUUGGGUGCAUUUGGUUCCUUUCAGCGACUGGAUUAUGGUACAGGCCACGAACUCAACUUUGCGGCAUGGCUGGGCUAUUUGCAUCGACUAGGGCUUUUUGUGGAGCGCGGCGCAAAUGCAGAGCGUAUCCAAGCGACGGAGCAAAGGCUAGCUUUGGAAGUCUUUCCAUCGUAUCUUCGUGUCGCAUGGCAUCUUCAAGAUCGGUACGCGUUGGAGCCUGCAGGGAGCCACGGUGUUUGGGGGCUUGACGACUACCAGUUCAUUCCCUAUAUCAUUGGCGCUGCGCAGAUGUGCGAUGCCGAAGCAUUAUCACCCGCAGAGGCAGCCCAGAAUACAUACUACCCAUAUGUGACGUGGAAAAUACCCCGCUUUGGCGCACGAAUUUCGCCGGAAGACACGCUUGUUUACGCACCGCCAGCACUGCCAGCCACGGUGCCGAUACCCAACCUGUACAUUUCCUCCCUUGCACGGGUUAAUUCCUUGAAACGCGGCGCUUUCCAAGAGCACUCGCCGCUCUUGCAUGACAUCGCAACCAAUGUGCCAACUUGGUAUAAGGUGUAUACGGGCAUGUUAAAAAUGUACGAUGCCGAGUGCCUCCUCAAGUUUCCUGUCGUGCAACACUUUGGCUUUGGGAGCGUCGGCUUCUCAUGGCCUAAUAUGGAAAGCCGUACGGAUACGGAACAGCCACGUAGAAUAUAG